GCUGUUCUGGUAAAGGUUGUGGCCACGUAGCAGCCUCAUGCCCAUUGCUGAGCACAAUUCCGGUCCUGCUUGUGGUGCGGGCGUCUUAACCCCCGCUCUCCAGGUUGGACUCUGGGUUCAAUCUGCCAUUGUCGUGGAGCUGCUGUGUACUUCCACGUUUUUUUUUUUCCUUGCAGGGUUCUCACGGCUUACCGGGAUUGACCCUGUAGGGCGCGAAACUUAAGUUCAACCUUACAGGAGGUGGCCGCACCCUUAUCUAAAGUGGAGAAUUUCCCUCACAAGCUCGUCUUCUGGUGGCUGGAGGGAGGAUGACAACGGGGACAAGGAGGUCUGGGGCUGCACAUGAGAGGGAGGGUGGCAUUCUCGGGAGACUUCUGGCGACGUGGCCCCCGGAACUCCCCACCCAGUUUGCGGGGCUCGGCUUCGCCUCCUCGCGGGUCCCUGACGCCCCCUGGCGGCGAGCUCCGGGGCGGCUCCGCGGAGACCCGGCCUCCGUGUUUGGGUGGAGCCGAGAUGCUUCCUCCGCGCCUCCGGGGGACGCUCGGGCGCAUGCGCGCCCUCCAGCCCCGCGCUACCUGGGAGGUCGCUGGGAGGUUGGCAGCUGGAGGUGCUGAUUGGUGAGUUCCAAAGCCGGCGGGGUUGGCAGAUCCAAGGCCCGCCCCAACCAGACCCCGGAAGUGCCUGCCUACGGGAUAGACUGGUAGGCACUCAAGGGCCAGGCGCACCGCUCAUUGGACCUGGGCGGAGAAGGCGGGUCCCAGCGCAAGCCGUGAUUGGUCGCUGAUCCUGGCCCGGCCCGGGCGGGCGAUCCGAGAGUCCCCGGUGCUGGCUGGCUGCAUGGGGCGGCGGAGGCGCCGGGUGGAAGGGGCGGCCAAGGCCCUGCCUGAGGCUAUCGCUGCGCUGAGUCGGUCCCUGCCCGCUGGGCCCAGCCCCGAAAUCUUCCGCCGCGCAAAGUUUGACCGUCCAGAGGCGGCUCCAGUGCUCUGGCAGCUUCUCUUCCGAGUGCUCUCACCGCUUGCUGCAAACAGUCCCUCGACCGACCUUGCUCCAGAGGCCCAAGCCCAUGUGGUGAAGUCAGCACUGGGCUCCCAAGGCUACCCCAGGUCUGCGCUGGUACAGUUUCCUGCGGGCAAUUCUCAGGGAAGCCGGGAACUGCUGCUGGCCCUGGCCUGGCUCCUGGCACGAGGACCUUUGCUUGAGCAGCUGCUUGCCCAGACCCGGGUGCAGUUAGGUGAUCAGUUGCCCCAGUGUGAGUGUGAGGUCCUGGCCAGCCCUGGUCAUCCUGCACCCCAUGUGGAAACAGAGAGUCCGGUGGAUCUCCGACUAGUGGAAUGGCUGAUGGGAAAGCUGCGGUUUAGGUGGCGACGCCUGAUCUCCAGUCAGCAGGAGCAGUGUACCCUCCUCAGCAAGAUCCACCUGUACACCCGUGGAUGUCACAGCCAACAGAGCCUUGGCCAUCUUUCUGUGGCUGAAACAGAGAUGCUCAGAGACCCAGAGGGCAGCCAGCAGCUUCUGCAGGCACUGGAGAUUGAGAACACACGCCUGGGGGCAGCUCUGGAGUGGCGGCGCUGUGAGCUGGUCUUCUGGCAGUGGAUGGAUACAGUUCUGGAUGCCUGUCUGUCGGAGAGUCCUGCUGUGACCUCACAGCCCACAGUCCUGCCCGCGAUCUCUGAACGUGGGCUUAGUGAGCUGGAGCUGGUAAAGCAAGAGUUGCAGGCCCUGCAGGAGGAGCUACAGGAAGUGGCUGAGGCCCGGCGGGCGGCAUGGGAAGCCCAGAACAGUGAGGACAGAGUCCGUUCAGCACAGCACCCAGGACUCAAGAUUGGAGGCCUAGGUCAGGGGCCAGAGUGGAGCACCACAAGGAAGGCCUUGCAGAAGGCUGUUGAACAGGAGUUGGUCGCCCUGCAGGGGUCCUGGGAGCCAUCCAGUAACCCUGUCCAGCCACAAAGACCCCAUCGACUGGUGAGAUGUAAGGAUGAGUCGCCAAGGCCCCAAGGCCUACAGGCAGCCGAGGUGAUCAGGACACUGAGCGCCCAGGAGGCCUGUCUGACGAAGGUGCUGCGUCAGCUGCAGAAUCAGUGUCGGCAGGAGCUGGCCAGGAUGGCUAGUGCUCUGCCUGGAUUGAUUUGGAUUCUGGCUCCUGGACACUGAGGACCUCAAGAUGUGCCCACCUGUGUAGAGGGCUUUGUAGGGUCUCAGAGGAGCAGACUGGGGCUGGCAUGGGAGCAGAGGUCCAGGCCAUGUAUUCUUUCCAGGGCCAGAGCCCCUUUUGCCUACAGUUUUGGAGUCACCAUAGGCUGGUCCUCCUGAGACGUUUGGAGGGGACCUGUAGAUACAUGGUAGAACUGUCUCUGGGGACACCAGGCUGCCGCCCUCUCCCACUGUCCCCUUACUUCCUCUUGGGACACUGGGAUGUAGGUGGUGCAUGGUUGGCACCGUGCUGGGAUCACACAUGCCCCACAGUGCAGGAAGUGUUGGGCCUCCCCUGGGUGGGACGGCCCUGGUUGUUUCCCUGCACCUCCUUCUUAGACUCUGGCUGGAUGCCUCCUACAGCAGGGCCUCCUGUACUGGGCCGUGGCUGUGCCUGGUGUGAGUGUGGUGGGGAGCUGGAUGGGGGCCCUGGGGGCUCUGCCUGGGGGAGAAGGAAGCUGCAGGGUAGACAGAAAGCCCUUUGUUCUGGAGGCUGCUGGGCAAGCUCAGGUCUCACAAAGCGGCCUGUGUCCAGGAUGUGCCCACAGCCUGGUGGGAUGGCUCUCCUAGCCCAGGCUUCUCCCAGCCAGCGGGCUCAGGCUGGGUCCCGUGGUCUCUAGCCCUGCCUUCCUUCCUAUCCCCAGCUCCAAACUGACCAGACACUGGACAGGUGGUAGGUCCCACUAGGCAACCUCUAGCCUCCUGGUAGCUCAGGCCUGAGGCCACCACCAGACUCUGGGCACCUUGGACACUCAACUAGAACGUUGUCACGGUGUUUUCCUGCUUGCCUAGUGUCGUGUGGUAAGAGGGACAGCUCAUGUCUGGGGUGACCGUUCUGGUGCAGGUGGCCUCUGGCCCUGGAGGCAGGAUACCAUGAUGGUUUUUCCCAGUGACUGUUCCUAGUACACUUCUGGAGGAUCGGUGUCUAACAGGUCCUUCCUAACUUUCCUGAUGGUAGCUCCUAGAGUCGCUGGACCCUCCUGCCUGCUGCCGGGCCUCUGCCGGGCCUCUGCUGUGCCUUCUGGCCUUGAUUUUGGCUAUAAACAAGUCCACUUAAGCUUCCCGCCUCUGAAAACUGCCCUGCUAUAGGAUUUCCGGUGGCUCUUAGGAACUUGACCUUAAAAAAUCUAAAUGCAGCUGGGUGGUGGCGGUGAACGUCUUUAAUCCCAGCCCCUGGGAGGCAGAGGCAGAGGGAUCUCUGUAAGUUU